UUCAGGUCACCCAUUGACAAGAAAUGGCAGCAGGGAAAGAGAUAGACCGGCUAGCAGAAGACAAACUUCGGCUGAAAAACUGGAAGCGGUGGGGCCCUUACCUGUCUGAGCGUCAGUGGGGGACCGUCAGGGAAGACUACUCAGAAGACGGGUCUUGUUGGGACUAUUUUUCACACGACCAGUCUCGUUCUCGAGCGUACCGAUGGGGAGAGGAUGGAAUUCUGGGAAUCACGGACAGACAGGCGCGGCUCUGUUUUGCACUGGGCCUCUGGAAUGGGAAGGACCCCAUUCUGAAAGAGAGGCUUUACGGACUUACAGGUCCAGAGGGGAACCAUGGAGAAGACUGUAAGGAGUGUUAUUACUACCUGGACUCCACCCCGACACAUUCCUACAUGCGCGCCCUCUACAAGUACCCGCAGAACGAGUUUCCCUACGCAAAACUCACAGGGGAAAACCGGGGAAGGGGUUUUCAUGAUCUGGAGUAUGAACUGGAAGACACAGGUGCAUUUGACGAGAACAGAUACUGGGACGUGUAUGCUGAAUAUGCCAAGCACAGCCCUGAUGACGUCCUGUGUAAGAUCACGGUGCAUAACCGUGGUCCUGAAGAGGCUACGCUACACCUGCUGCCAACUCUGUGGUACAGGAACACUUGGAUUUGGGGCUGCACACACGAGGGAUGUACCAUGAAGCCAAAGAUCAAGAAAACGGGGGAGGACAGUGUGAAAUGUACACACGAGACACUUGAAACCUUCACCUGGGCGGUUGACAAGGGACCAGAUGGAAGGCUUCCAGAGCUCCUCUUCACGGAGAACGAGACCAACUCUGUCAAGUUGUUUGGAGUAGAGACUUACACCCCUUAUGUUAAGGAUGCCUUCCACAGGUAUAUCAUUGAAGGUGAGGAAGACGCUGUAAACCCGAAAGGUAUCGGCACCAAGGUCGCGGCACACUACGUCCUGAAGGUCAAGCCCGGGAAACAGGCCACGGUGUGCUGCAGGCUCUUCCGGGACGACCAGGCCGAGGACGACGUUCCGACCUUCGGAGUGGCUGGGUUUGAGACUAUCCUGCAGCAGAGAAAGGAAGAGGCAGAGAGCUUUUACAAGACGAUGUGCUCCAAGCUGAAUUCUCAACAGUACCUGGUAGCUAAACAGGCAUACGGAGGCUUGCUGUGGAGUAAGCAGUUUUAUCACUACAUUGUCAAGGACUGGUUGCAAGGUGACCCUGAGCAGCCGGCGCCGCCCCCCUCCCGUAAGGCCGGUCGGAACAGUGACUGGAGACACCUGUUCAACAGGGACGUCAUCUCCAUGCCCGACAAGUGGGAGUACCCAUGGUAUGCGUCCUGGGACCUUGCCUUCCACAUGGUGGCUUUUGUGAAGAUUGAUCCUGAGUUUGCCAAGAACCAGCUGCUGCUGUUCCUCAGGGAGUGGUACAUGCAUCCUAAUGGACAGAUCCCUGCCUAUGAGUUUGCCUUUGGUGACGUGAACCCCCCAGUGCAUGCCUGGGCUGUACGGAGGGUUUUCAAGAUGACUGGCAAGCGAGGGUACCGGGACAGGCUCUUCCUUGCAAGAUGUUUCCAGAAACUGGUCUUAAACUUCACCUGGUGGGUGAACAGGAAGGACCCAGAUGGGAAGAACUUGUUUGCUGGGGGCUUCCUUGGACUGGAUAACAUUGGAGUGUUUGACAGAUCCAAGCCUCUGCCACACGGAGGACAGCUGUACCAGGCAGAUGGCACGGCGUGGAUGGCCUUCUUCUGUGCAGAGAUGCUGGACAUGGCACUGGAACUCGCCCUGACUGACCCCACGUAUGAGGACAUGGCCAGCAAGUUCUUCGAGCACUUUGUGGCCAUUGCAGAUGCCAUGAACCAAGCAGGUAGUGGAUUGGGCCUGUGGGACAAAGAGGAUGGGUUCUACUACGACCAGCUGACAGUAGACGGUGUGACGACGCCCAUGCGUAUCCGGUCCAUGGUGGGGCUGGUGCCGCUGUUCGCCUGUCUGGUACUGAACUCCAGCCGGCUGGAGAAGCUGGAGGGGUUCACCAAGAGGCUGAACUGGUUCAUCAAGAACCGGGCGGAUGUGGCACAGAAUAUCUCGUACAUGGAGAUGUCGGAGGACUGUGUGGGGGACCCUGCGGUUGAGAAACUCCUGGCCAUCCCCAAGAGAGAACAGCUGGAGAAGGUGCUGAAAUACAUGCUGGAUGAGGAGGAGUUCCUUUCACCGUACGGCAUCCGCUCCAUGUCUAAGGUCCACCAUGAUAAGCCGUUUGUUCUGAAGAUGGACAGUGAGGAGUAUAGAGUGGAGUACACCCCGGGGGAGUCUAACACCUUCCUGUUUGGAGGAAACAGCAACUGGAGGGGACCUAUAUGGCUUCCAGUAAACUACCUCAUCAUCGAGAGUCUGGAGAGGUACGACUACUUCUACGGAGAGUCGCUGAAGGUGGAGUGUCCCACGGGGUCUGGUAACGUCAUGCGGCUGAAGAGCGUCGCCCAGGAGCUGGCUCGUCGUCUGUCAAGGCUGUUCGUCGCUGACAAGACUGGGAAACGCCCCUGUCAUGGCGAGAGCGAAAGGUACAGAACCGACCCCCACUGGAAGGACCUGGUGCUGUUCUAUGAGUACUUCCAUGGAGACACUGGCAGGGGCUGUGGAGCAAGCCAUCAGACAGGUUGGACUGCUCUAGUUGCCAACUGUCUGGAUCGACUGACUCACUAAAAAAGGUGCUACAAUCUUCAUGAGACUCAAGGGAGACAAUUAAGACUAUGCAGGCUAAAGCAUUGAUGCUGUGGAAAAUGUUAACUUUAGAUUUAGAGUUGGGUGUUUGGUGAGGUAAAGGCUCCUACUAGGGUUUUCUAUUAAGAGAUAUAUUUUAACUCUAACCCUUACAUCAUAGUUUCUUUAAGUUACAUUUAGAUUAGCUUUUUUAAGGUAUGUAACAUUAGCAUAAUUUGCGUGUUACUAUGAUGUUACAGAUGAUAGCCAAAAUAAUUACCAUCUAAAUCAAUUCUAAGAAGUGCAUAUUUUUUAUAUGGCAGGGUCAUUUUAAGCACAACUGCAAGCCACAGUAUAUUAAUUUUGUAAAGAGACACAUUCUUAUGACAAUAUUAUCUGAUUUUGUAUUUUUUUCAGGUAGGAAAUAUAAAGAAAUAAUACAAAAACAAAAUAAAUACUGAAGAAUCAAGACUCAGCUUUGAUAUAGCAAGAUCUAUAAUCAUAAAUUUAAAAAUUAUUCUAUAUAGCCAGGAUAAGGCAUCUUAGCUAAUACUGCUUUUAAAUUACUUCUAAAUAUAUCAGCUUUACCACUAAAUUGUCUCCUAAUCAUUCUAUUGAGCACUAAAAUGAAAGGGUUUAUGGUUGCUUAAAGGAGUAUAGGUAACAGACAUGAGUUGUUCUGGUUCAGUUGAAGUCAAUUAAAGAGGUAUUAUGCAAGAUUAAUACAAUGUGAAAAGGAGAUUUUCCUGUCUCUUUUUUGACAGGAUGCUGUUGUGUGCACCAGGAGGAGCUAUUUAGUUUAAAAAUCGUGAUGGUUGUAGGAAGUCAGGAGACUUUGUAUGUGCAACUUAGUUUUUGCACAGUUCACAAGUAUAAGCUUGGGUGCCAUUUGUUUUUUUAAUGUUUAUUUCAUUUUGCACACAAAAAGUGGAAUACAGGGAGUAGAUAUCAAAUACACAAAAUACAGGGUAAAACAGAGACUAGAAACUAAAUAUCCUAUACAAAAGGAUUUGCUGGAGGCAGAAAAAAAGCUGUAAGCCAGACUGUUUUGUAAUGGGGCUCCUUGCAAUCGCUUACCAAAAAACAGAUUGGCUCCCAGGCUAGCUCACAAGCGCCUUAAGUACACCUGGGUUUGAGUACAUGUUAUGCACGUAAAGAUUUUGUUCUCAAGAAUAAAUUUGUCAAGAAUAUAGUCAUCAAUUUUUGGGCCAACAUCUUACAUAAUGUACCUUAAAUGCGCAAGCUAGAUUAGUACAAAAGCCAGAACAUUUAUUUAAUAGUCAAUCUGAUGAAUUGAAUCAGCUUUGGCACAGCCCAGAACCAGAUCUAAUCAUAUAUCAUUAUUCCACGCUGGCUGUUCAAAAUGCCUUGAGCUCUAUUUCUAAGAAUAUCAGCUUUACCACUGACGUCACAGCACUUCUCAGAAUUUUCUACCAAAGCACAGUUUUGCCUCUUAUUCACUAUAUUUAUAGCUAAGAUGAGAGGGACCUUGCCUAACGGAAAAAGGUUAUUGCAAAGUUUUGCCUCUUAUUCACUGAAUUUAUACCUAAGAUGAGAGAGUCCUUUCCUCACGGAAAAAGGUUGUUGUGGUGAAGUGAAUAGAAGUGACUCGGUCCGGAAGAUCAGUCCGAUUCUAUCUAACUUUGAUGGACAUGUUCGGCCAGCUGUGACUUCGUGUUCUCAAGGAUUCUAUUUCCGAACCCCCUGAUUGUGAGUCCAGGCCCAGUUAACUGUUAGGAGUGGUAAUGAGAGUGGGCGGAAGUGCACAUUGUUGGUGGUGGGAGGCUUUAACUCGUACAGGGUCAGAAUAACAAUGAGCAAACUGUCAUGUACAGUUCAUUUAAGUUCGUGAGACUGAAUUUCUAUGUUUGCGACAGCGACAUUAGGGAGCAGGCAGAAACUUUGCAGGAUGGCACCCAGGCUACAUACUGAAUUUUCAAGAAGGGGGGAGGUGAUUGCAGUUGGCAUACUGAAUGCACUCCUGACAGGAAAUCUGUAUUCAAUUUGUUAGCAGCGUAACAUAAAAUUACUGCUGCAAACAUUUCAGUAGCCAUUUAGAUGGGAGUUGGGAAUUUUACUGGUAUUAGGUUAAGAUUUAAUUUGGCAAACCUACGCAAACAUAAGAUCAGAGAAUUUUGUACAACUCUGAGAGAUUUCUGGUAUAAAAGCAAUCAAGGAAAACUUUGUAAUCAAUGUUGAUAGCAAAUGAAUAUCACGCCUCUCAGGUAUCCUUGGAUAACUUACUCAAUUUCUGACCAUAAUUAAUAAUGAUGAUACCUAUUGUCUGUGGUGAAGGUGUAUACAAUACCAUGUGAAAUGCUCUUGUUAUUGUGCUCAGUGCAGCACUAUAUGAAGUGGUGGAAAAUUCAAUUUACAGUCCAAUUGUAAGCCUUUUGUUAACAGAUUUGCGUGGGUUGAAUCUUUUUUAUCAGUUUGAAUGAACAAGAGAGCAGGAAGAAAAUUGAUAAGACUGAUAGAAAAUAGAUUGUGAUCACCGGUACAUCGUAAUAGCUUCAAAGCAAACAAUGUCUUGUCUUUAUGGUAACCACCCAUAGAUGUAGCUUAUCGUUAUAGCAAAGGAAUUACAUUGUACUACUGCAGCAGAUGUUAGGAAAGUGUUUGGGUAACAUUUUAUUCCCAGAUUUACGGCAAACAAACAAACAAAUGUGUUGUAGGAAGAUAAAGAUGGUGAAUUACUUAGUAUAGUAAUUAGCUUGUAAGUAAGGGCUCCUGGGGGUACAAUAAGAAACUUUUAAGGUAUUUAGAUAGUGGAUUAUUGUAGGCUGGUAGGCUCGAUUCAAAUACUACUACCUUGCACCUAUGCAUCUUUUCUUGACACAGACGUCUAGCAUUCCCCUCUUCAAUAUUUCUAUUAUAAUAAAGUUAUAUGAACACCUACCGUGAACAGCAAAAGAAAACUAUGCUGUGUUUAAAUGUGCAUUUUGAAUAUCUGCAAAUAUUGCCAUUAAGGUUCAAUUUCCUUAAUUUAUGCUUUGCUUUCAUUUACAUUGUACAGGUACUUAAAACCAGCUUCCUAAUUUGAGUAAAACUACUGUGCAAAUUCACAAAGAGAGGAUCAAGCUUUCAAAAUGUUCACAGGCAUAAUUGCAGGAUGUUUUCAGGGAAAGGAAGACUUGUCAUUACUGUAACCUAAUCAAAGUACAUAAUUAUACGUCUCUAAUCUUUCCACACGUAAUGAUACCAUUGCAUAAUUACUUAGGACAAAGUAUGC